UUUUUUUUCAUUUAAACCAUCGACAGUUUGAUAGACAAGCAAACAAGUAUUUUAUAAUUUUUAACUUAUUAGUUAAUAAUUAGAAUGGAAAAAAAAGUUGUUAUUGUUUUGAGUUUAUUACUUUUUACUAAUUCAUUGCCAUUGGCAAUUUCCUCGGAUGAUAAUAAUUCUAAUAAUGAAAUUGAAAUACCUGAGUUAAGUUCAGCUAUAAACAUUGAUGAUGAUUGUCAAGCUGAUUAUUAUUGUCAUAUAAAUAAUACCGAAUGUCGUAUGAAGACAUGUAAAUGUAAACCAAACUAUAUUUUUAGAGACGGCAUCUGUCUUGAUCCUAUUGGUUUAAUUUGCUAUGAAAGUUAUGACUGUGAAAGUCUUGAACUCGCUUGCUUACUUGGAACUUGUCAAUUAAUAAAAACAUUUUUUUCCCCAGAAAAUAAAAAAAAUAGUGAUUUAUACUCUCCAAAAUUUAUAGGAGAUUAUUGUACAAAUAAUGAGCAAUGUAGUGAGCUCAAUAAUACAAUAUGUAUUGAGGGAGCAUGUGAAUGUUCAAAAAAUUUUUUUGAAGUAGACAAUAAGUGUAUCGAACGUAAUGGCAAUUUAACAUGUUCUACUCAUUAUGACUGUGAUCCAUAUAAAAUCCGUUGCUAUCUGGGAACUUGUCAAACAUUAAAUACUUUUAUUCCACCAGAAAAUCUAAAAGAUAAUGAUUCAUUUUAUUUCGGACUUGAAGGUGACUAUUGUACAGAUGAUGAUGGCUGUACUCGAUAUUAUGAUAAUACAAGAUGUGUUGGGCAAGAAUGUGAAUGUUUGAAAAACUUUGUUAGUGUAGGCUACAAGUGUGUUGAAAGUAAUAGCAAUUCAACAUGUUCUGGUCGAUAUGACUGUGGAGGAAGUGACCUCGGUUGCUUUUUUGGAACUUGUCAAUCAUUAGAAGAAUUUUUUUCACCAGAAAAUAAACACCAAAAUGCUCUAUAUUAUGCAGAAAAUAUCGAUGAUUAUUGUCUAAAUGAUGAUCAUUGUCGUUAUGUUCCUCAUUCAAUAUGUUCUUUAGAGAACAAAUGUGUGUGUCCUAAAGAUUGGGUGACAGCACCACCAUCUAAAUGUUUAGGAAAAGUAAAUGCACCUUGUAGAAGCGAUUAUGAUUGUGCUUACGAAGAAAUGGGAUGUGUAUUGGAAACUUGUCAAUUGCUGUCCGAAUUUUUUUCACCAUCUAAUGCACAAAAUAUUUCUUUAUAUUUUGAUCUUAAGUCAAAACAUGUUGAUUAUUGUAGAUACAAUUAUGAUUGUCAUCACUUAGAAUUUGCAGAAUGUUCUAAUUUUCGGUGCAAGUGUCGUCAUAAUUAUAUAAUAAAAGAUCGUAAAUGUCGAGGACUUAUAAAUGCUCAAUGUUACAUUAAUUCUGAUUGUGCAUUAGACAAUACUGAAUGCCGUAAUGGCACUUGUCAAUUAAAAUCAUAAUUUAAUCAAAUAAUUUAAUCUCAUAAGUUAUAGUUGAUGUUUAUUUUAAAAAUAUUAAUAUCAUUAAUAUUAAACCAACAGAUUAUUUAGUUAUUUAAAAAUAUAAAUUAAGAUUACGUGAUGCAAUUUGAUGGUAAAAUUAUCGGAUUAUUCAAAAUGAUAAUCAAAACAACUUUAGAUCGAUGCAUAGUAUAGCAUAAUAUGUAUACUACUACAUAGCUUUAGGAUGAAUUAGGGAAUUCUACCCGAGUCGAAAUAUUGAACUUACAUCUAACUUAAAUUACUUAUUGAUCUUGAUUAUAACUUGAAUCAACUUAAAUAAAAAUACUGACUUAAUUAUAACUUACCUGGAAUAAAAUUAAUGUCAGCAUCAAAUUUCCUUUUUAGCGUUCUCCGAUUUUAGCAACACAUUGUUACGUUUUUUCAGAUUAAUCGGAUGUAACAGCUGAGUAUGAUUAUUGUCAUAUUUCAAAAACUCUAUUUUCCCCUUUUAUCUUUCCUCUAUCAGAUCCGCCUGUAACGCUUUCCUUUUGGCCAGAACUUCUUUUGGAUAUAUUCAAAAGACGAGUUUACGUAAUUUACGGUAAUUCUGCUAGGCACCGUAAAUUACGGUAAAUUACGGUAAAUCACUGUAUUUACCGUAAUUCGGAUCCGCUAGGGAUUCCAUUAAUGUAGCAGUCCAAAUAAUUAAGUUGAUAACGAAUUAAUGAUGAGAAGUUUAAAAUCACUAAACACUUUAGAAUGGUACAUUAAUAUAAAUUGCAAAAAAAUCGUAAAAAUUUUAAUAUUUUUUUGGCAUGAUAAUUCAUUCAUUUCGACAGUUUUUAAGACCAAAAUAUCAAUUUUAGGUAGAAAGUGUACGAAUACUUAUGUUUUUUAUCACAAUCGCGGAUGGGAUGUUAAUGUUUAUGCAAU